UCCGGAAUGUUUGGCUGGGUCUCUCCUCCUUCUCCCCACCCACCGGGGUCCUUGUACCACAGCUCGGAGCGUCAUCCGUGGAACGAUUACAAGAGGGAGGGGACUGCAGCAUCAUCUGGGAGAGAGAAGGUAGUUGACUGUGUGCAGUCCGAGCUCACAGUGCAGUCACUGGAGAGACAGCGAAACCUCUGGACUACGCUUUCAUAGACAGAAACAGCAAGAGGCAACUUCAGUUUCCAUGGGAUCAUGUCCUGCAGGGCUGUCUGUAUCACACGCUCUUCAUGGACUGGUUGAUUUGAGAAAGAAACUAGACCAAGUGUUGCUGUGAUCACUUCUCGAGAGCUUUGGGAUUGGGUUCCGCCUGGCUGUCCUGAAGAUGUGGAGACUCCACGUUGUGAGAUUGCCGAUUCUCUGGUCCCCAGUGUGAGGGCAGGUCGGGCUGAAUCUGCUGCUGUUCGCCUUCUCUGUCUGAAGCCUUGGUCUGGCCAGUGGCUAGAAGCGGUGCUGCUGUUUCAUUAUCAUCAUCUGUGUGGUUAUUUGGACCCCCCCCCCCCCCCCCUCACAUCCGAGUCAAGCCGCCUGGGUCUCUCCCCCAGCCCGGAGACAUCCCCCGAGAGAACCGUCUGCUUCCCCCUCCCUUCACAUCCCAGAAGCACAGAUGCAUUUUCGACUCGUUUCACUUGCGCUCGUUCUUCUAAACUGUGUGGAUGAUGGGCACAGCCUGAGUAACCGAGGGAAGCGGACCAGGAGAGCAAACACUGGACCAUACCCAAUCUGUAAGGGCUGCUUGCUUUGUUCCAAGGAUAAUGGGUGUCUUAGCUGCCAGCAGAAAUUAUUCUUCUUCCUUCGACGACAAGGCAUGCGGCAGUAUGGAGAGUGCCUGCACUCUUGUCCAUCAGGAUAUUAUGGCAUGCGUGCACCUGAGAUGAACAGAUGUGCAAGAUGUAAAAUAGAUAACUGUGAUACAUGUUUCAGCAAAGACUUUUGUACAAAGUGCAAAGCUGGUUUUUACUCGCACAAAGGCCGCUGUUUUGAAGAUUGCCCUGAAGGGUUUGUACUACUGCAAGAUCACAUGGAAUGCGUUGAUGGUUGUGACGUAGGACCAUGGAGCAACUGGGGAACAUGUAUAAAAAACAACAAAACAUGUGGCUACAAAUGGGGGCUAGAAACCAGGACACGUCAAAUUGUGAAAAAGCCAGCGAAGGACACUAUCCCUUGUCCAACUAUUGCAGAAUCCAGGAGAUGUAAAAUGGCAAAAAGGCAUUGUCCAGGAGUAUCCAAAGGGAAAAAAUGGCAGAAUCUGCUAUCAACUGUGGAAAGAGAGGAAGCAAAAGAAACAAAAAGGCAAGAGUGCUAACAAGAGGAAGGGCAAGAGGAUCAGGCAUAAGGAUCGCAAACAGUACGUUGUCCUUCAAGCUACAGAGAAAACUGACCAGUAAAAGAUCAAACCCCUUUAUUUACACAAAGUACGUCAAGCCCCUCCACCCUCCUACACACCACACAUUUGACAGUUCUGCUGCUUCUGACAAUAUCAGUGGCGAGUAAUGAGAGAAAGAGAAUCCACAAGCUUUGUUUUAUUUAUACUUUUUUUUGUUGUUGUUGCCUCCUUUUGACCUGAAUGGAAUGAGUUUGGUGUGUCAAUGACUUUUACAAAGGCCCGUGGGAAUAGGUUGGCCCAGCAAGCUGCCAUUAAAAUGAUAACACAGAUUAAAACAACAGCAGCAUGCAGAAAAAGACAGGAAAAACCCCACCAAUCCCUGCUUGAACAGUUGCAGAAACACGUGGAGAAUGGGACUUGGUCCAACUAUUUAUAUGAAAGAAGACUUUCUAAUACAGGAAGAGGACUGUUCAUUUAAUGCAUUUUUGUUUUCUUUUAUUGUACAUUCCAAAAAGACCAACCCUAUGAUGUGUGAUUACAAGCGGAGCUACAAUGUAUAUAAUCCUCAGCACAGGUUCUAUUGACAGUUGCUGAAAUAAAAUGCUUCAAAGGCUGUAUCUGUAUAUCUACAAGCAAUGAAUAUCUCAUUGUUUGACUGGCAUGUACACAAAGCUGAAUCUACCUAUAAUAAACUUA